CACACACACACACACACGCACACACACUAAGUCAGUCACAUGGAUGAACAGAGGGACACGCAUAGAGAAAGUCUCCUCAUUAACUAAUGAGCAGCAGCACACACAACAGAUUAUCUCAUCCCACAAUCCACUUUUUCUCACCUCACUGCACUCUCCUCACACUGCUGUCAUCUCUCGUCGUUGAUGAAGUGAAGAGUCCUGCUGGUGGCUCAUCUCUCCUCUUUUGGCUCCAACAUGGAGGCGGUGGCACUUUUCUCCUUUGCAGCAUCCGAAGCAGACGAGAUCAGCUUUCAGAAAGGGGACAUCGUCAAGGUGACAGAAAUGGAGGAGGAUUCUUGCUGGUUCACAGCAGAGGUUGAAGGCAAACGAGGCUACGUGCCAGAGAAUUAUAUUUCCCUUCUCCCACAUCCGUGGUUUGCAGGACGGGUGUCGAGACUGGAGGCGGAGCGGCGUCUACACUGGCAGGACAGCGGUGUGUUUGUGGUGAGGGAAAGUGAGUCAGCUCCCGGAGAGUUCUCUGUCUCCGUUAGCUAUGGUGACCGGGUGGAACAUUUCCGAGUACUUGAAGGUGGCGGUCAGUACUGCAUCUGGGACGAGACCUUUUGCUCCCUGAACCGCUUGGUGGACUUCUACAGGAGUCACAGCAUCGCAGUGGAGAAGGUGGUCUGCCUCAGAGACCCUCCCUCAGACAUAUCGCCUCACUCUGGGUCGCACUUUGGAUGUAACCCUUAUCCCAACCCUUAUAAAAGCACCUCUCUGGAGUCCCUGCCCUCAGCCCGCCUCCAAGGCCCUCACCCCCUGAGAGAGUCGUCUUCCAUUCAGCUGCUGGAACACGUUUUGGGGAAACCUCGACUGGCUCAUGCCCUGUGCGACUAUGUCCCAUCGCACACCGCCCACCUCCACUUCCUCCGUGGUGACAUAAUCGACCUCCUGGACUGCUCCAGCUCACGGUGCUGGAGAGGACGCUGUCACGGGCGAGUUGGGGUCUUUCCGCCGCAGUGCGUCCAACCGCUGUACCACUGACAGCAUAUGAUAUCAAACCCUCACUCUGUGUCACUGCCACGCAAACGCCAUGGCUCCCCCUAGUGGGUGAACCAGUAAUCAAACAAUACAAUGGAACCUCGCAAGUAGGUCUAACGGUGGUCACCCGCACAAUCCGGCCCUGCACCAACCCAGGUCAACCAACCCUCACCAAAUGAGUUGUAAGCAGCACUAGACCACGAGCCAAAAGGCCGCGCUGUCAAAUCAUCCAGAGUGGCUCGUCAGGGAGUGAGGCUCAUACUUUCACACAGUCACACGAGCUACCAUCUGUUACACAGGGGUGUCCAAAGUGCGACCCGGGGGCCAUUUUCACCCCACAGCUUGUUUUUUUUAUUAGCCCUGGUCAUGUAGUAAAAAUAAAAUACAAUAAGUCCUUAUUAAUGAGCUAUAUUAUUGAGAUAUAUUAUUAGAUAUUACACUAAUUUGCUUUGUCACCUAUGACACAAAGCUAAGAUGUUUUGUUCAAAUAGCUUCGCAUAAAUUGACCUAAAUUUGAUUGGUUUAAGCAUCUUUAAUGCACACACAUUUAUCCAAGUGACCCCUGCAUCCUUCAGUUUCUCCGUAUGCGGCCCUCGGUGGAAAAAGUUUGGACACCCCUGCUCUAAAAUACUGUAUAAGUACAGUACCGUAGCAUAAAAUGGUGGAUAUGACAUCGACUUACCUCCAUUAAGCAGCAUUUUUUUAAUUUUUGCAACCUCACAAUGGGUGGUAACGGAAUAAGAAUCUUCUUUAACUAUGUGUGGUGUCACUAGAUGACAAGUGUUUUAUUUAUUCAUUCAUUCAUUUUCUAUACUGUUCAAUCCUCAUUGGGGACACGGAGGUAUGCUGGAGUCUAUUGCAGCUGACUUUGGGCAAGAGGCGGGGUACAGCGUGGACUGGUCUCCAGCCAAUGGCAGGGCACGUAUAGGCAACAAUUCACACUCAAGUAUUUUAUUAUUUUUAUCUACUGAUGUUAACAGAAGUUAACUUCUUUUUACACUUGUACGACAAGCAGGAAUGUUGUUACCGAAAACAUUCCCUGCACUGUUAAUCAAAAUUUUAUGAUGGCACUUUGACAGUGGAACAGAUUAUUUUCCUGUUCCAUUGUUUCCUACAGGACAAAUAGCACUUAAAUUCAAACCAAUCAAGAGGUUGAUCAGCAUCCUGUAAUCGAUUUCUUGUUGAAAUUGGAGGUUCCGCUGUAUUGUAUUGUAAAGUUUCUGCUUCCUUUUCGUGUGUUCCAAGUGGUUUGACGUGGGAGGAGCCCGGUUAGCCAAUGUGUCACAUGUCAGCGCACCAUUUGAAUUCUAUGCAGUCAUUGUUGAAGUAUCACUGCGGUCAGACCUUCAGUCUUAUCAGGCAAACAUGCCUUAUAUUUUUCCAAAAAUGUGAAUACCUAACAAUGACUUUUUAAGCAUUGCACAGACUUUUAAAUGAUGAAAUCUGAUUGUUUCAUAUUUUGUUGGCGACUCGUGAAAGCAACAUGCCAAGUAAAGGAGAUACAGGUAUAUACAGUAUAGUAUGGUUAAAUAGUUUUAGGGAUAUGUUGCAGCCCUCAUGUGAACUGUUGUGUAUUUUGAUGCUAUCCUCCUUUUAUCAAGCUUUUACUGGAAAUAUGAAUAAAGAACUGUAUUUU